AGGUGUCAGGUAAAUAUGCUUCUUAACGAACCACACGCUUUCCCAUUAAACUCUAAAGACUCAACUUGAGUUAUUUGACUGGUUUUCGACGUCGAAAUGAGUGAGUUUCUGCUCCAAACUCACUUGGACGACAGAGACCAGUCAAAUGACUCAGUGAGUGCUUUUGUUUACUGGGCUCACUGGUCAGAGGGUAGUUCCUCUUGCAUUUUGCCCUUCUGGCAUUGCCGCUCAUUGAAAUAUAGUGACAGCAGCGCCCGAAAGGAAAUGUGUACUAAACAUGAUUCUAAAUUUUCACCUGCUGCAUAUUUUACCAUUGCCUGCAGGAAGCCUGGACUUCUUGCGUGGGAAGAUGAAUGAACUUAAUGCAGCAAGAGCGAAGCAGCAGCAGCAACAAGCUGCAGCUCAAAUAGCACAAGUAGCACCAGCUGGACACAAUGCAGGUGUGGUUGCUCCAGGUCAGGCUGCUGGAGCUGUUUUGCCUCCUAAUGUUCCUCCCCCCGCUCCAGCAAUCAACCAGAACGACAUCAUGGCGGCAAUUAUGGGGGCCGUGGCACAGCUCCCGGGUAAUGUGAAUCAACCAGCUGCUGGCCCCAGCCAUGAACCUGACCAGGUUAAGAUCGGUAAAUGCCUGACCCUCUCAAAGACUGGCUUAAUCCAGGCGAAGGCAGCUAGGACGGGCACCGCUAUGACAAUGUAUCUUGUACGAGCUCCCCUCUCCAAAAGGCGCCUCAUGCGCUCCACCUAUGCUGGCCAGAAGCGACGGAAUGGGCAAAAGCCAGCGCUUAAGAAGUAUCAGUUGAUGAGGGACAUACAAGAUUUUGUUCUGCAACGAUUUCCUCACCUCUCCCAGGCUAACUUCGGCUCUGCUGUGAACGCAUGCACUGGGGAGAGGGCUGCGGUUCGUGAAGAAGCUGCUUAUGAUGAGGUUAUCUCAUCAGACGAAGACUGACCUCUCUGGCGUCAGAGUGACCUAAGUUAGUUCUUUUUAAAAGUAGCAUAUUUUAUUUAUUUAAUUGACUUGUCUAACCUACAUAACUGUACAGGAGGCUUGUACUGCCUCUCUGGGCUUUGAAAUGACUAUUUUUCUGAAUAUUUAACUGCCUUUUACUGGAGGCUUGUUGCCUCUCGGCACAAUUUGAAUUGCCUGCAUUUCAUCAUUUAUCUGACUCCUUUGAACUUAAAUAAACUCUUUUAAAAUAAUUCAAGUU